GGCGGCUCGGCUCGGCACGCACCGGUCUGGCUCUCUAGCUCGCUGUAGUUGGGCUUCUUGCUGGCCGAGAAGUGCUUCUUCACCAGGAACGAGCGCGGCAUCGUACUCGCCCAGCGCCACCGCCCGCUGCGGAACCUCCGCGUCUCAGCGUCCGUUAAUAUGGGCCCGGGGUGUACAGGGGGGCGAGGAGGGCGGUGCAGGGCCGCCCCCCAUGCCCGGAGCCAAUGGGACGGCCGGGGCGGGCAGACUACAGGUGCCGGCCCCGGGCAUCGUUGCUCCCGGCUCGGGAGCGUCUGCUGGAAAAGGGUCCAGAGCGCUGCCGGUCCUCCUCCAUUGCUCCGUCCUCACGAGCUCACAGCCACCUUCGCCUCCCCUGCGUUACGAGCGGACCCCGGGGUGCGGGGGGUGGGCGGAGCCGGACAGCUCUCCCGCCCGGGGCAUGGCGCCACGCACUUGCCUCGGCACCAGCCUGGGUGGCCGCAACCCGCCUCGAGUACAGAAGUGGGAAACGCGGCAAUACUGCCCGCGGCUGCAGCUCGAGGCGGCCGCUCCCCCUCUCAAGAGGAGGCGGUUGGCGAAUCUUCUCGAGCCCCGUGUUGCGCGGCCCGGCCCUGCCCCGUUCCUCCUUUGUUGCACGUCGUCGUCGCGGGCGGCCCGCAGGCGAUUCGCCCCACUUCGCCCCCACUGAAGCGGGGUGAACGUGCUCCCCAGGGCCGGAGCCGGCGGACCCAGCCCAGAUCAGCCGGGCCGGGCGCUGCCUCUCGCCGGGCCGAGUUCUCCCCCUGCCGGCAGCAGGGAGGGAACGCGGGUGACGCGCAGCCCCCAGCCGCGACGCGCACGAAGCACUGCCCGAAGGUGCUCCCUGACGGCCUCUUCAGUUACAAACUCGCUGCCACCGCGCACAGCUGGCUGCCGCUCACGUGCGUAAAGCUGCCGCGCUACUUUGCGACUGCUUAAGAAACCAAAGCACUUUUAUUCUCCUGACCCCGUUUGCCUCAAUCCUUUUCACCUUCUCAAGUCUUUUUCUGCAAACAAGCAUCAGAAAACAACUUUGAAAACAGCAGCUGGAAGUUUCUGAAGGCUGUCAGCUGGCUGGAGCUGGUAGAGCAAUACCUGCACAGACCCCGAACUUCUGACCACAAGAGAUGAAUCCUUUUCACGUCCACCUCACCAGGGAGCAUUCAUAUCUGCCCAAGUCCUUGCCAUAUCUGCUGACUUUUGCUUCGAGGACUCAGGACAGUUACUACCAAGCAGGCACCAGGAGUACGCAGCAUUAACCCACUGUUAAUGCUCUAUUACAGACAGGGUCCUUUACAAGAUGCGAUCAAUUGCCGUAAUUCCAGGUGAAGUUAUGCCAAUUGCUGUAGGCAAUUAAUACUGACAUCAAUUUAUCUGCCUGAUUAAGGCCAGACUUUGACCUGAGACAGAUUCACAGCAAAAACAAACAAAAACAACAAACCAAACCAACCAAACAAAAAAACCACCACCACCAAACCCUCAAACACAUGCUUGUCUCUGCCCAUUCUGUUCCCUUUCCUCCGUGCUAAUUUCCCUCCUAAUUCUCAGUGCUAGACACUAGGAAUUUCACAGGUUGAAGGGAGCCCGACCGCAUUGCCACCAACAGUGGGCCCUGGGACUUGCUGCAGCCACAACAUCAGCUGCUUACAAGGUGGAAGCAGCUCCUCUGGCACAGUAUUUCACUCUCCCGUAGCAGUACUUCACCAGGUUCUAAAGUCAGAAUUAGCUUGUUCUGUAAUAAUCCCUUUUUAACGAUGAAUUUCUGCACACAGAUGAGAUGAAUCAAGGUUAAGCACGUGUCUCUCACCAGUGUCUUCAAAUUCAUGAGCAAAUACCACUGAGGCAUAUCACUGUUUGUAAACAAGUUUGUAUUUGUUAAGUUGAUGAAGUCAGCAGCACAGACACUAAGCUCAUCAGCACUAAAGUGGAAAACUAUAGCUCAAGUUCUCUGUGAGUGCCUGUAUGGAUGCUUAUCACAGCACAGAUAGCAGUGCUAUAAAUUCCACUGUUACCAAGCUAGGAGGUGCCAGAACUUCACUCCUUACCCAUACACAAAUUUAAUCAAAAUUCAAGUAGACCCGGUAUGCAUGUUCCAGUUCGGGUUUGUCCCAUGCAUGAGAUAAUUCCUUGUAAGCUGAAGCAAAUCAAAGCCAAGAUGCACAGUCAAUGAGUAGGUCCAUACAGACACGGUAUGAUCACAAGGCCUGAGCAAACAUUUCUCACCACUCAGGGCUGCAAGACAAUCCCCACCUUCCUGUUUCACAAGCAAUGGAAACAAAGUUGAAGUCUCUCUCUUUUUUUCCUGCUUUCUGGCAUGCUCCCUGGAGCUUUACAUAACAUUAAGAACUGCUUUGGAGAGAUGCUGAGAAAAUGUAUGGAUCAGGAGGAAGAAAUGACAAAAUCUGACAUGAAGACAGAAUUUUAUAAAUUAAAUGAACUUUAUUUAUAACUUGCCUUCAAAAUUAAAAAAAAUAUGACAAAGUAAUUGCUCAGAAGCUCCUAGCUGCUCCUUAAACAUUUAAUCUAAAUUGCAUGGAAGUGCACUUCAAAUAGCAGCAGAAAUCUAGAUUUAGGUCAAUUUGCACCACAAAACUCCAUGCUAGCCAGAACCUAGAAAUCUCCACUCAACAACCAACAUGGUUAUCUUUUCACAGAUCAAGCAUUCGAAACAACCAACUCCAAAACAAA